AUGAGAUUCGAGAAUAUAAUGCUUUCGGCCCUUUUGGCCGCAAGUGCUGUAUCUGCCUUUCCAACCGCCGAAAAUCUGGGCAAAUUGAUGUCAAUAAAGCCCACAACUGGAGACAAGAGAUGCCCCUUUGCUGAAAUUCAAAAUGGCAUCGAGAAGGCGAUCAAAAAGCGCAGUUUGCUAGAUCCUCUAUCAUCUCCUAUCCAAGUUACUGGUGAACAUAGCUUCGUACCACCCGAUUUUGCAUCGGGAGACCAGCGUGGUCCCUGUCCCGGUUUGAAUGCUCUGGCAAACCAUGGGUACAUACCCCAUAAUGGAGUCGUUUCGUUAGCCGAAGCGAUCCCUGCAAUCAAUGAAGUAUGGGGAAUGGGUGCUGACCUUGGCCUUGUCCUGUCUGUAAUGGGUACACUCUGGGUUGGGAAUCCGCUUUCAAUUGAUCCCCGUUUCUCAAUUGCCGGAGAGUCGCCAGCAGUCCAAUCUUUGCUAGGCAAUUUAUUUGGUAUAAUCGGCGUCCCACGCGGAUUGAACGGUUCACAUAAUUUUAUCGAGUCGGAUUCGUCUCCAUUUCGUGACGACUUGUAUGUCACUGGCGACGCAUGGACUCUGAACCUCACCAAAUUCCGGGAUUUUUCUGAUAUGUCAACCGAUGGCACGUUCAGCAUGGACUUGAUCGCCGAAUUUGCGAAGAACAGAUACGAAGAGAGUAUCACUACCAAUCCAAAUUUUUAUUACGGUCCAUUCACCGGUGCUAUUGCCCGAAAUGCCGGUUACAUUUUUGCAGGAAGACUGUUCAGGAAUCAUUCCGUUGAAAACCCCGAGGGGGUCCUCACUAAGGAUGUGCUCAAGAGCAUCUUCGGUGUGAGCGGAUCUGACGACGCAUUGCAGUACAACUACGGCUAUGAACGUAUUCCAGAGAACUGGUAUCGUCGUCCAACCGACUUCGGCUUAGUAGACCUGAACUUAGACCUAUUGAAUUUUGCAACACAAUAUCCCGAACUUCUGAAUAUCGGUGGCAAUGUCGGCGCUGUGAAUACAUUCACCGGCGUGGAUAUUUCCAAUCUUACCGGCGGUGUCCUCAAUGCCGCAGAUCUGCUGAAGGACAACAACCUACUAUGCUUGGUUUUUGAAAUCGUCAAAACCGUUAGUCCCAAUGCAUUGACGAAUCUCUACUCUACCAUCGCUGCCCCGUUGGAACUGGCUACAAACCUCGUCGCAACCACGCUUUUGGACCUAUCUUGCCCGGCUUUUGAGGAUAUGACUUAUAACGGUGAGCCGCUUUGGGACGGACUCCAGAGUGUAUUCCCUGGAGCUGGAUGGGCCAAGGCUGCGCUCUAA